AAAUUAAAAUGUACACUAAUUUUGUGUUCUUCACCCCCGUUGACUGAAAACUGACAAUUGAUUUUACAUUCAGCGAACAACAAAUUAUGUCUAAAUUCUCGUGAAUUUCGUGAAAAGUUGCUGUUCUUUCCAUCGGAUUCCCUCGCCGUUACAUUUCUUCUUAAAGCUCUCCGUCCCAGCUGAUUCUUCGUUGCUUCUGGUCUGUCGAAUCCGGAAUUUCGGAUUGGCUUCACUUUGAUUCUUCAGGAAAAGAUCAGCUCGAUUCGUUUCGUGAAAUACCUUUUGCUUUUUUGGAGUUUUGUGAUUUUUUGACCUAAUUUUUUCACUGAAACUUCGAAGUUCAUACUAGAGAUCGAUAAUCGAAUCGCUAGAAUGCGUGAUUCAAUCCCACUGUACUCUUCUCCCAUCCGGACGGUGGAUAAUUCGCCUCUGCUUGGCUAUUCCGUCGCCGAUGGAUUCUUCCGAUCGCGAGGGUUUAUUCGUCGUUCGCCUCAGCCUCUUCGUGGCGCGGUUCGUCUUCUCCGCCGUGCAAGUGGCCGGCAGAUGAUGCUUCAAGAGCCCUCCGUUCGUGUUCGUGAAACCGCCGCCGAGCAGCUGGAGGAACGGCAGAGCGAUUGGGCGUACUCGAAGCCGAUAAUCCUCUUGGACCUUCUAUGGAACUUGGUUUUCGUCGCCAUUAGUUUCACUAUCCUAGGGCUCAGCACGAGCGAAAAUCCUUCUGUGCCGCUUAGGUUUUGGAUCAUUGGAUAUGCUUUGCAGUGUAUAAUUCACAUGUCCUGUGUUGCAGCUGAGUAUAAGCGGCGGCACUUGACGAGAGAGCCCACCGGAUUGGACCGUGGCAGCGACUGGAUGAGCGGCGAUGACUCGAAUUCCGCCUCUGGAAGUGAUGGAGAUGAAGAACUUACCGUGAAUGAAGAA